CGACGUAUUAUAGCUAGAUAGCUGGGGCUCUCCUUUUCGUCUCCGUACUCGGGCCACCUCUGAUCUAAGUAGCUCCGACGUAAUUGUCUAACACUAUGUGGGCGCUGUAUCUCUGUGUCAUAUCCCUUUUUGCUCCUUCCCGCGGGGCUCCAGAAGGGACCAUUUUAUCGCUGGGGAUAUUCAAUGGAAAUUUACAAGUCCAGCAGUACCCUGUGCCAGCUACUUCCGGCGGACCGGUUCAGAAAAACCAUCCCCUGUCUGGAGAUCUGGCAAAGUUCUCUCUCACCUGCUCCCCCUCAUGUGAGGGACCAAAUGUCCUGUCUUUUGAGAGGGGUCCAGUUAUUCUUCAUGUGGUGCUCAACGAUGGGACACUGUCUCUAAUGGAGACUGAUGUCUCUCACAGUGUGUACUCCAAGCCAACUGAGGUUGUGGAAUUGGACAGUAAGUGCACACCGCUUCACCUGAUGCCAUUCAGAUACUCUCAAGACCAAUUUGCCGUCGUGUGCACUGCUUUCGACGUACACUUUGCCGAGAUAUCCACCGACCAUAGCAUCAAACUCCACCCACUGAUAGUAGGUUCGGAGAGGCCUGGAGUCCUGGUUGAGAGCAAUCGACAACUCUUCUCAGUCUCGUACCUCGGUCAAAACGCGUAUGAGAAAUACAGCUACCACUCUGCCACGCCCGAGAUACUGUCUCUUCCCAGUAACGUUCUCUGUCUGGAGGGCUAUAGUGCCACUUACCCUCUCCACGGCCAGGAGAUGUUUCUACUGCAGUGCGUGACGGACGACGGACCGACGCUGUACAUAGUCCCUCUCGAUCAGGACGAGAUGGCACGUGCGGUACCAUCACAAGGGCGCCCCUAUUCAUCUCUAGAUGGGACGUACAUUUCUAUGGUGAACGGGAGUCGUGUCGUGUCAUUUCCUGCAGCCAACCAGAGCGUACUGUCGAGUACCGAGACGUUUACUAGUCGAGUUAAAAAGUUUGAGUUUCUGAACUCUCGCGUUGCUAUUGUUCUCACUCAAGGUGGUGGGCAUUACGUAAUGUACCUCAGUCAUGGCGUCUCGGAGAUAACACAGCUCCCCGGUGGGGUACCUGUCAAAUGGGUGUGGAUUGACCCGCACAACUACUAUCUCUACGUGACUGAUCAAAACGAACUUUUUCUCUUCAACGAUACGUUGAAAGACCCGGAAGAUAUGCCUAAAAGUGUUGUCAGUCGCCCUGAACUGUUGCUGUUUGCUAGGAAAUACGUACCUGGCCCGGGGCCGACAUCUACAAACAAUUCCGGUUUGAGUGACAAGGACCCUUCAGGACCAAACUCACUUCCAGCCAUUUUGGGUGGUGUGUUUGGUGGAACAAUUCUGACAGCUGUAGCUGCAGUAGCAGUGCUCAUGCUUCUGGUGUACAUGAAGAAACUUCCCUGUAGCAGACACACUUAUUCACCAGUAGAAGAAACCAACCCUCAGGGCACUGCUAUGACCACCUUGAAGCCCACUGUGGAAGAGGGUAGCAAGGGAAAGGGUGGUGAUCAGUACGAAAUAUCAUUUUCACAGCCUGCGGACGAGCCGCACGCUGCUGAGAACUGGAGCGAUUCAGCCGGAAAUGUUGCCACUGCCACUCAUGAUCCUCAAGAACCCCAGAAGAAGAAGGGAAAGUUGCUACUAUUCAGAGUGUUUGCUGGACAGCUAAUAACAGGGGUCUACCCUCUCCCACCAAGUGAACCCAGAGAGUUUACACAGUCGCUGGCUGGUCCUCUGGCUGGGGUGUCACUGAGAUGUGGUUCCUGUCCACAUGAUGCCGUCACCAGACUCUCCUUCCAGACUGAAUCACUCAGAACUCUUGUCAUUCUCUCUGACAGGGUUCUGUCAGUUGUCACUAUCAAUGAGAGCGUCACACCAGAAGUGGUUCAGGUCGUCUCGCUGGAUGAACAGUGCACUCCGCAAACUCUUGUGGCAUUUGCUGAUUCAAAGCAGUUUGCCGUCAUCUGUGCUAGGCUUUCCUUGCAAUUUGGGUCAGUUGAUGGUACCAGGGGUCGCGUGAAACUACAAGCACUUGAAACAUACCCCAACCCAAUCCCAGAGAGCAGUAAAUCCGUUUUUAUUACGACUGGUGUAGAGAUAAAAAUUGUGACAAUCGGGGGAAAUUUUGUGGAAGUUUACACCGUCAACGAUGGAUCGCCAGUGACUGAUGAACUACCGCGGAAUGUAAACUGCCUGAAUACCAGCGAACCUAUCCUAACUCCUCUGCAUACCGAACCAGCCGUACUGUUGCAGUGCAACACUACUAAUGGAAUGGUCGUCUAUGUCAUACCGAUUCCAAUAGUACGAGGGGCAGACGCGAGAGGUUUCCCAGCUGAUGGCCUGGUACUGUCUUCGCAAGAUGGGACUUACGUGAUAGUGGUCAAAGGCCCAGUGUUGACCAGUCAAGAAAAUGGGGCUCCGGGGAAGCAAGUUGUACUUCGGAGUCAGAUUACAGCUGUGGAUAACUUGGACAGUGAUAAUGUACGUGUCUUGACAAAGGAAAAGAGGCACAUUGUAAUAAAUCUCGAAAGUUGCUCACAACGGGUAAUGCCAGGUGGUCAUCCUGUGCUAUCAGAGUGGGUCGGCACUUCAAACGACUACAUUUACUCACAGAAGACGACAUACUGUAGUUGUCAAUGA